GGCAAUGUCAAGGUGCUAUAAGGCUUGGCGCAUCCCUGACUGUCGGUCAUUCCACGCGGAGAAAUUCGAUCGACACGGAGGAGGUUCGGGACACACAGGAGCCAACGAUCUGCAACUGAAGACAACGAUGAAGAGCAUCUUGUUGGUGUGCGCGUGUUCGUUGCUGAUCGGCGUACAGGCUAUCGGUAGAUACAGAGGAUUAGAGUUUUUAGAACCUUGCUCCAAGAGGGACUACAAUAUCGAGAGUUGCCUCGCUAGGUCAGCCAAUGCGCUCACCGAACACUUCCGGCAUGGUUUACCGCAAUUGGGCUAUCCAGAGGUAGAACCCAUUAUCCUUGACGAACUUCAUAUCGCACUUGGUGGAGGGCCGGAUGGCUACAGGGCUCAGUUUAAGAACAUUACAGCAAGAGGAGUUUCCAUGUUACGAGUGACUGGUCUGAGGGCCAGAUUAUCGGAAGACGAGGUGCAGCUGCAAUUAGCCCUCAGCAUUCCGAAAAUCAGAGCUGCUGCCAAGUACAGGUCUAGUGGUACCUUGCUGUUGGUGAAAGCCAGCGGUGCUGGUGACUAUUGGGGUGAAUAUGAAGGUGUAAAGGCAAAAGUAUUCAUCCGGGCGAAGCCAUUCGCUGCUCAAGGUCGCAAUUAUUUAAGAUUGCAGCAACUUAAAAUGGACUUUAGCGUGCAGAAUAUUAAGAUGGGCGUCGAAAAUGUUCGCGACAGCAACGCCAUUAUUCUGGCAGCAUUAAAUCUCUUCAUUAAUACCAACAGCCAAGAAUUGUUAAAAGAGAUGAAACCUGAUCUAAGGAGGAAAUUAGUUCAGGUAAUGACAAGCUUCGUUGAGAGGAUCUUUGCUCAGGUACCAUACGAUGCGUGGAUCAUUGAUUGAAUCGAUUAAAAUGGCAUCAUAUCUGUCGAUAGUCACUUAAGGAAAAAGGAUCACCAAAUAUCUUGCGACACAUCGAUUAAAAAAUAAGAAGUUUAUGCAUACGAAAGAUACAACUACGAAAAUGUUAUCUUUAUGUUCUUAUGUUCAAAAAAAGAUUUUUUUUGUCCACUAGGAAACAGAUGAAGUGGACACCAAAAUUGAGUUUUAUAAAUAUUUAUUCAUUUGUAUAUAAUCUGUAAUGUAAAUUUAAAUGUUUUGUUAAAAUUGACGACUAAGAAUCACAAUGUCGAAAGCCAGUCUAUUGCUGAUUUUCAUAAGAUAGCGUCCUGCAUUUAUUAUUAUAAAGCUGUAUCGUGGUGUAAAACGUACCGUGGCUGAGAUACAGUUAACUUUUACAGUUUUGUUUAAAUAUAAGAUUAAAUUAGUCAAGCUGCGAUAAUUUCCAAAAGUAAAUUAGUCGAAUGUCGAAUUAAUUCGAACUUAAGAUAUUUCAACCUGAUAAGCUUACUUUUGCAUUAUUUAUGUCACUUAUACGAAUGUAAAAUGUCGUAGACAUUAUGUAAGUGUAUGUGUGAUAGUUAUAAGGAAUGGAUGAUUUACAAUAACAAUUUAAAUACCAUCGAAUUGGACUAAUCGCGUUAAGUUAUGUGUUCGCGUGUUCAUCGAUUGUAUUGUUACGAUUAUUUAUGACUAACUGAAGGAUGAGAAUGACGGAAGCUGAAUUAUCGUUUGAUAUUCUUGACAUGCCAGUAAAUUGGUAUUCCUAACGAUCGCAACUUUCUCCGUUUUCAUUUUUUAGUUUAUAACAUACGCUUCGCAUAAUAUGUUCUUUUAUAUCUUGCUUCGUGUUAUAUGUUUCGUGUAUCGUUCGUUUUAUAUUCUCCCGUGUGUUUAUCACGAGAAAUGGAUAUAUAUUUCUUUGAUUGCCAUCGUUGUAUUCGAAUAAAAAUGAACUAUUUCAUUUAUAAAGAGCUUUUAAAUCUAUUUUAGUCCGAAGAACAUAUCGAACGACGUUAUUAAUACGAAGUUGAAAACAGUUUAUCUUCUGGUAUUUAGGAAUUAUGAUGCAACGGUCGUUACAUGUGUAUGUAUGAUUGCAAAUAACACGUGUAAAAUGAAUCGAAAUUUCAAUCGCUAAUCACAUAUUAAAAUAGGAAUUUCCACGAAGGAAAAUCCUAUGAUUUAUGAAUUAUUCACUAUACGUGUACACGUUUUGUAUUUAGAACGUAUAUAAUCUUAAAAUCCUCUCAGUAUGUCAAGGAAUGGAAUAUCAGAGAGAAGAAGGCAGUUUGAAGAAUUAAUCGUUUAUAACAUUAAGGGAAACUUACACAUUUAAUGCGAAAACGUAAGAGACGAGAAAGCAUCGUUUAUUUUUAUGACAUACAUUUGUUAAUGAAAUAAGCAAAAAGCCAUCAUUUCUCAAACUCAGGCAGAUGAAUCCACAGUGUCUACAAAAGGUAUUUGCGCGUCGUUGUGUUUAUUAUGAUAUUUACAUACUAAUUAAUUACGUCCAGAUAUAUGGAAUUUCGUAUUAUUUAGUAGAAUUUCCAUACGAAUGCAAAAAUGUAAUAUUAUGAAAACGAAAUGUAAAACCUGAUGAAAAAUGCAUCAUUGAGAAAUAAAGAUGUGCGCAAUUAUUUUUUCUAGCUAUUAUACAUACAAAAUUCAAUAGCCUUAAAUAUAGAAUCGGAAAAUGUUUUCUAAGUUAAUGCUUUAAAUUCUAAAAUUGUACAUAGUCGAUAUUUAACUC